GCAUUCCUACUCGUGCUGCAUUUUAAGAGUUGAGUUAUAGAACUAACUAGCUAGUCGUCUUCGCCUUCUUCGAUCAUCGAUCAAAAUGAGUGCUAACUUGGCUUUUGUCUUUGGCCUUCUAGGCAACAUCAUCUCCUUCAUGGUUUUCCUCGCUCCGAUCCCAACAUUUUAUCAGAUUUACAAGAGAAAAUCGACAGAAGGGUUCCAGUCUUUACCGUACGUGGUCGGCUUAUUCAGCGCGAUGCUGUUGAUAUACUAUGCUUUCCUGUUGCCAGACUCCACUCUUCUCAUUACCAUCAACUCAUUUGGCUGCUUCAUCGAGACCCUAUACAUCUGCUUCUACCUAUUUUAUGCCCCGAAAACUGCAAGGCUGCAAACUGCAACGCUUCUCCUUCUGCUAAACGUGGUUGGGAUGGGCCUGAUUGUUGUGCUAACUCAUUUUCUGGCAAAGGAUUCGACCCGUGCCCAUAUCGUGGGGUGGAUUUGCCUUGUCUUCUCCGUAUCUGUGUUCGUUGCGCCUUUGUGUGUCGUUAGACAAGUUAUACGAACCAAGAGCGUUGAGUACAUGCCGUUUCUUCUAUCGUUUUUCCUCACCCUCAGUGCCGUCAUGUGGUUCUUCUACGGCUUACUACGCAAAGACUAUAACAUUGCGAUUCCUAAUAUUCUAGGGUUCAUCUUUGGAGUGCUCCAAAUGGCGCUCUAUUUAGUGUACAAGAACGCGAAAAAAGCAAUACAAGAAAAGCUUCCUGAAAUCAUAGAGAUGGAAGAGGAGAAGCAGAACAAUACCAUUCCAGCUGAACUCAAAGAGCAGAUUAUUGAUGUUAUGAAGCUGAGUGCAAUAGUGUGUUCGGAGAUCAUUCCGGUGGUUCCCCACCUCAUCGACGAUCAUGCACUCAACGUCGAGGCAGCAGACAAAGUCAAGCCCGGAGAUGAAACCCUCAAAAUGAUCUGUACCUGAAAAUUUUAUUCAACUAUUAACCUUUUUUAAUUUAACUCGGUGUGGAGAUUAAUGGCGUAAUUGUGCCAAUUAAAUAACUACUUGUAAUGUGUUCUUGUUUAGUCUAUGUUUGCCUAAUUCGUGUUGUAUCAUUAUUAAUUCAGUGCAAGUGUAAUCUAUAUAUCAUUAUUAU